AUGAAGACGGUGACCGGCAAAAUCAUAGACUCAUCUCCGGUGACAAUCGCCAAAGCCGCCUCUAUACUCUCCAAGUUCGUUUCUUCCGAGACCGGCGCUUCCCAGGCCGUCAACGCUUACCUUCGUCGCGCCACUGCCGCUUUCGAUGAGUUGGCACGCCUUCACUCAAAGCCAAAAUCCGUUCUCCGGAAACAUAAAAAGGAUUUAGUUUCGACUCAGAUUAUGGAGCUGAGCCAAUCUGAGUUGGUGAAUAAUAAUGAGCAGAGGUUGAAAAAGGAGCUCAAGGAAGAGGGUAACGUGGGAGAGGAGGAGACGGAGAGAAAGAAUAAAAAGAGGAAGAAGAAGAAGGGUGGUGUGGCAGAGGAAACUGAGAGAAGCAAUGAAAUAAAGAAGGAAAAGAUAGAGCUUGAAGAGAAUGGGGGUGAAGUAGUGGACAAAACUGAAAUUAAAGAGCAAAAGGGAGAGGAAGACGAAAAGAAGAAGAAGAAAAAGAGGAAGAGUGCAGAGGCAGAUGUAGAGGUAAAGGAGGAGGGGAAGGAAGGGAAGGAUGGAUCGGAGGAUGAAGGCCGAAGGAAAAAGAAGAGGAGAAAACAAGUGGAUGAAGUUUCUGCUCCUACCUGGGUACCAGAUAUUGUAGCAAGCACCACAGAUAUAUUAAGGAAGUGGGAGGAAAUGAGAGGAGGGAGAGAGGAGUUUGAGUUGGAUGUACAUAAAGAACUUCAUGACCUUUCAGCUGAGAUCAUAUCCAGAACAGCAUUUGGAAGCAGUUAUGAAGAAGAUAAAGAGUUCUUGCCUACUAAGAAUAACAGAGAGCGAUGGAGACUAGCUGCAGAAACUCGUGAAGCAAUAAAGAAACUGAUAGAGACUAACAGCGGAGCAAGAGAAAACUCAACAAAUCUACUGAGUUUACUUAUGUCUUCAUAUAAAAAUCAGGAUGGCAAGGAAGAUACAUUAGGGGCUGAGGAGGUUAUAGAUGAAUGCAAGACCUUUUACUUUGCUGGAAAGGAAACUACUGCCAACGUUUUGACCUGGGCCCUUCUCCUUCUAGCAUUGCAUCAAGAAUGGCAAAACAAAGCACGUGAAGAAAUCUGUCAUGUCUAUGGAGGGAAUGAGGCUCUUGAUGCAGAGAAUUUAAUAUUUGAUUUUAGUGUUUCGUUUCUAACAGUGUCUAUACCCUUGGCUGCUGUCCACCAUGACACUGAUCUGUGGGGAGAUGAUCCCAAUGAGUUCAAUCCCAUGAGAUUUAAUGAGUCUCGCAAACACUUAGCUACAUUUUUGCCAUUUGGUUUAGGCCCCAGUCAAAAUUUAACUAUCUUUGAGGCAAAAAUUGUCCUAGCCAUGAUCAUGAAAGACUAUUCUUUUGUAGUGUCGCCAACGUAUGUCCAUGCUCCAAUGUUUUUUAUAAGCUUGCAGCCUCAAUACGGUGCACAGAUCCUCUUUAGCAAGAUUUCAAAUUGA